GGGACUGGCGUAAUGGGGGCGGAGGGGGCAGCUGAACGGGAGCAGUCACUGGAUCCGUGUGAUACCGACGCAGGCUAACCGCCGCUGCCGACUUUUCUGGACGUUUUCGGGGCCACGAGAAGAACAAGUCCCCUUCCCCCUUUUCCUUCCUCGCGGACUCUUCGGAGAGAGAAAAAGCCUCCAGACAUGGCUCAGAUACUGCCGAUACGAUUUCAGGAACAUCUGCAGUUGCAGAAUAUGGGCGUGAACCCGGCCAACAUCGGGUUCAGCUAUCUGACCAUGGAGUCGGACAAGUUCAUCUGCAUCAGGGAGAAGGUGGGCGAUCAGAACCAGGUGGUGAUCGUGGACAUGUCCGACCCCACCAACCCCAUCAGGAGGCCCAUCUCAGCCGACAGUGCCAUCAUGAACCCCACCAGCAAGGUCAUCGCCCUGAAAGACGCCGCCAAGACGCUGCAGAUCUUCAAUAUUGAGAUGAAGAGCAAGGUAAAGGCGCACACCAUGACUGAGGAGGUCAUGUUCUGGAAGUGGAUCUCUGUGAACACCGUUGCCUUGGUGACUGACACGGCCGUCUAUCACUGGAGCAUGGAGGGUGAUUCCCAGCCCGCCAAAGUAUUCGAUCGGCACGCCAGUCUGUUGGGGUGUCAGAUCAUCAACUACAGAACUGACGAGCAACAGAAGUGGCUGCUGCUGAUAGGGAUUUCUGCACAGCAAAACAGAGUGGUUGGGGCCAUGCAGCUGUAUUCCGUUGACAGGAAAGUCUCCCAGCCUAUUGAGGGUCAUGCCGCUGCGUUUGGGGAGUUCAGAGUGGAGGGAAAUCUCAAAGCCUCCACCCUCUUCUGCUUUGCUGUGCGCUCACAGGCCGGGGGAAAGUUGCACAUCAUUGAAGUUGGUCAGCCAGCUACAGGAAACCAGCCAUUCGCUAAGAAAGCAGUGGAUGUGUUCUUUCCGCCAGAGGCCCAAACGGACUUUCCUGUAGCUAUGCAGAUUGGCAAUAAGCACGGCGUCAUCUAUUUGAUCACAAAGUAUGGCUACAUUCACCUGUAUGACCUGGAGUCUGGAGUCUGCAUCUACAUGAACCGGAUCAGUGCAGAGACCAUCUUUGUCACCGCCCCUCACGAAGCCACCUCUGGCAUUAUCGGAGUCAACAAGAAGGGACAGGUGCUGUCUGUGUGUGUUGAGGAGGAAAACCUUGUCAACUAUGCCACCAACGUCCUGCAGAACCCCGAUCUGGCCUUGAGGAUGGCUGUGAGGUCCAACCUGGCUGGGGCCGAGGAGAUUUUUGCCAGAAAGUUCAACACCUUGUUUGCUCAGGGGAGUUAUUCAGAGGCCACUAAGGUGGCUGCAUCGGCACCCAAGGGUGUUCUGCGGACAGCAGAGACCAUCCGGAAGUUCCAGAGCGUCCCAGCCCAACCGGGCCAGGCCUCGCCGCUGCUGCAGUACUUUGGGAUUCUGCUGGACCAGGGCCAGCUCAACAAGUUUGAGUCCCUGGAGCUCUGCCGACCAGUCCUGCAGCAGGGGCGCAAGCAACUGCUGGAAAAAUGGCUGAAGGAGGACAAGCUGGAGUGCUCUGAGGAGCUGGGGGACCUGGUGAAGGUCUCGGACCCCACCCUGGCUCUUAGCGUGUACCUCCGAGCUAACAUCCCCAACAAGGUCAUCCAGUGCUUCGCCGAGACCGGACAGUUCCAGAAGAUUGUGCUAUACGCUAAAAAGGUGGGCUACACCCCGGAUUGGGUGUUUCUGCUGAGGAACGUGAUGCGCGUCAACCCGGAUCAGGGACUUCAGUUCGCCCAGAUGCUGGUCCAAGAUGAGGAGCCGCUGGCCAACAUCAACCAGAUUGUCGACGUAUUCAUGGAGGGAAACCUGAUCCAGCAGUGCACCUCUUUCUUGUUGGAUGCUCUGAAGAAUAACCGCCCGGCUGAGGGCCACCUGCAGACCCGUCUACUGGAGAUGAACCUCAUGCAUGCUCCCCAGGUAGCAGACGCUAUCCUGGGCAACCAGAUGUUCACCCAUUAUGACCGGCCCCAUGUUGCCCAGCUAUGUGAGAAGGCGGGGCUUCUGCAGAGAGCUCUGGAGCACUACACCGACCAGUACGACAUCAAGCGGGCCGUGGUACACACGCAUCUGCUCAACCCCGAGUGGCUGGUGAACUACUUUGGCUCUUUAUCAGUGGAGGACUCGCUGGAGUGUCUGAGGGCCAUGUUGUCGGCCAACAUCAGGCAGAACCUGCAGCUGUGUGUGCAGGUUGCGUCCAAGUAUCACGAGCAGCUGGGGACUCAGUCGCUUGUGGAGCUCUUUGAGUCUUUCAAGAGCUACGAGGGCUUGUUUUACUUCCUUGGGUCGAUUGUGAAUUUCAGCCAGGAGCCUGACGUCCACUUCAAAUACAUCCAAGCCGCCUGUAAAACAGGCCAGAUAAAGGAAGUGGAAAGGAUCUGCAGGGAGAGCAACUGCUACGACCCAGAGAGAGUGAAAAACUUCCUCAAGGAGGCCAAGCUAACGGACCAGCUUCCCCUAAUCAUUGUGUGCGAUCGCUUCGACUUUGUCCAUGACCUGGUGCUCUACCUCUACCGUAACAACCUCCAGAAAUACAUUGAAAUCUACGUACAGAAAGUGAACCCCAGUCGCCUGCCCGUUGUAAUAGGCGGCCUUUUGGAUGUGGACUGUGCUGAGGACGUCAUCAAGAACCUGAUCAUGGUGGUGAGAGGGCAAUUCUCCACUGACGAGCUGGUGGAGCAGGUGGAGAAGAGGAACAGUUUAAAACUUCUACUGUCGUGGCUGGAGUCCAGAAUCCACGAUGGCUGCGAGGAGCCGGCCACUCACAACGCCCUGGCCAAAAUAUACAUAGACAGCAACAAUACGCCCGAGCGCUUCCUGAAGGAGAAUGCAUUCUACAACAGCACCGUAGUGGGGAAGUACUGCGAGAAGAGGGACCCCCACUUGGCCUGCGUGGCCUACGAGAGAGGACAGUGUGACCUGGAUCUCAUCAAAGUGUGCAAUGAGAACUCUUUAUUCAAGAGCGAGGCCCGUUAUCUGGUGCGACGGAAAGAUGCAGAGCUCUGGGUGAACGUGUUGGAAGAAAACAACCCCUUCAGAAGGCAACUCAUCGACCAGGUGGUGCAGACGGCACUGUCGGAGACCCAGGAUCCAGAGGAGGUGUCGGUCACGGUGAAAGCCUUCAUGACCGCGGACCUUCCCAACGAGCUGAUCGAGUUGCUGGAGAAGAUCGUACUUGACAACUCUAUCUUUAGCGAACACAGGAACCUCCAGAACCUGCUCAUUUUGACGGCCAUCAAGGCUGACCGCACUCGUGUGAUGGAGUACAUCAACAGGCUGGACAACUAUGACGCCCCAGACAUCGCUAACAUCGCCAUCAGCAACGAGCUCUUUGAGGAAGCCUUUGCCAUUUUCAAGAAGUUUGACGUCAACACCUCAGCCAUACAGGUAUUAAUAGAGCACAUUGGGAACUUGGACCGGGCCUACGAGUUUGCAGAGCGCUGCAACGAGCCCGCCGUGUGGAGCCAGCUGGCCCAAGCUCAGCUGCAGAGAAACCUGGUCAAGGAGGCCAUCGACUCGUACAUCAAGGCCGUCGACCCCUCGGCGUACAUGGAGGUAGUCAACGCCGCCAGCAAGAACGAUAACUGGGAGGACUUGGUCAAAUUCCUCCAGAUGGCUCGGAAGAAAGCGAGGGAGUCGUACGUGGAGACGGAGCUGAUCUUUGCUUUGGCCAAAACCAACCGUCUGGCUGAGCUGGAGGAGUUUGUCAGCGGGCCCAAUAACGCUCACAUACAGCAGGUGGGCGAUAGGUGUUAUGACGAGGGGAUGCACGAGGCGGCCAAGCUCUUAUACAACAAUGUGUCCAACUUUGCACGGCUGGCAUCGACGCUGGUCCUCCUCGGGGAGUACCAGGCGGCCGUGGACAGCGCCCGGAAAGCCAACAGCACGCGGACGUGGAAGGAGGUGUGUUUUGCGUGCGUGGACGGCGAGGAGUUUCGGCUGGCCCAAAUUUGUGGCCUCCACAUAGUGAUCCACGCCGACGAGCUGGAGGACCUGAUAAGUUACUAUCAGGACCACGGAUACUUCGAGGAGCUCAUCGCCCUCCUGGAGGCCGCGCUGGGUCUGGAGCGGGCCCACAUGGGCAUGUUCACUGAGCUCGCCAUCCUAUACUCAAAGUUCAAACCGCAAAAGAUGAGGGAGCACCUGGAGCUGUUCUGGUCCAGAGUCAACAUCCCCAAGGUCCUCCGUGCAGCGGAGCAGUCUCAUUUAUGGGCAGAGCUGGUUUUCCUUUACGAUAAAUACGAAGAGUUUGACAACGCCGCCAUCACAAUGAUGUCUCACGCCACAGAUGCGUGGAAAGAAGGGCCAUUCAAGGACAUCAUUGCCAAGGUCGCCAAUGUGGAGUUGUACUACAAAUCUCUGUCCUUCUACUUGGAAUACAAACCUCUUUUACUUAACGACCUGCUGACCAUCCUGUCCCCGCGGCUGGACCACAGCCGAGCUGUCACCUUCUUCAGCAAGGUGAACCAGCUGAAGGUGGUCAAACCUUACCUGAGGUCCGUCCAGAAUCACAACAACAAGUCGGUCAACGAGGCGCUUAACAACCUGCUGAUGGAGGAGGAGGACUACCAGGGCCUUAGAGCGUCCAUUGAUGCCUAUGACAACUUCGACACCAUUGACCUGGCGCAGCGGUUGGAGAAACACGAGCUGAUUGAGUUCAGACGUAUCGCUGCUUACCUUUACAAGGGCAACAACCGCUGGAGACAGAGCGUGGAGCUCUGCAAGAAGGACAAGCUCUACAAGGAUGCCAUGCUCUACGUCGCGGAGUCCAAGGAUGCUGAGCUGGCGGAAACUCUGCUCCAGUGGUUCCUGGAGGAGGGAAGGAAGGAGUGCUUUGCCGCCUGCCUGUUUGCCUCUUACGACCUGCUGCACCCCGACGUGGUGCUGGAGCUGGCCUGGAGGCAGAACAUCGUGGACUUUGCCAUGCCCUAUUUCAUCCAAGUCAUGAGAGAGUACCUGACCAAGGUUGAUGAGUUUGCAGCGAAGGUGAUGGUGGACAAACUGGACGAGGCAGACAGCCAAAGGAAAUCCGAAGAGGAAGUGACGGAGCCUCAGCCGAUAAUGUUCGGUCAGCAGCUGAUGUUGCCCCCCUCUCCUGCUCCGGCUCCUCCCCAACCAGGGUACCCCGGCUACGGCUACCCUGCUGCCCCCGCCGGCUUCCCGGCUCAGCCCGCUUACGGCUUCAACAUGUAAGAGCCCAACCAACCCCCACCAUCCCUGGCUCGUCCGCCCGCUCUUUCCUCCCUCGCGAACACACACACACCUUGGACCUGAACCACACUGGAACGUGCUGCUCCGAGUCAACUCCAGAAACCUAAGACGCGCCUCUAAACUGCAAUAGAAACCCUUUCCCUCUACAGUCUCAACACGCACCUCAACAGGAAUGGCCCUCAAGAGAACGUAUGACCUCCCCCGUCCCCCCUUCCUCUCCCUCUUUUCCGAUAUUACAGCUCUGAUCCCGUCACUGAUCUACACAGCAUGAAGUGGCUGAAUCCCUAGGACUACUGUAGUGACCCCAGACCUCUCUGUCCUGCUGCUCCAUGUAGACAUACUAACCUAGAGCACCGUUGUUUUUUUGUUUUGUUUUUUUCCAAAAAAAUCCCUAGAGAUUCAGCACUGAUGAGGAACAGACUUUGUUACAGAGGAGUGGUAAAAGCACUGCUUCGCCCUUUUAAGGAGGGGGCAAAAAGAAAAAAAGAACGGACUCAAAUGUUUAAUUCCACUACUGUCUCAUGAUCCAGAUGGAAGGACUGUUACUGUGCAAUAGUUUUUGUUUGUCCUCUCACAAAAGGUACAAAGUUUUGCUGUACCAAUUAAGAACACACGUUUAUGAGGUUAAUGGUACUGUCUGUACUGUAGACUGUACUGUAUGUGACUGCAUGUGUGAGUGUGUAGCUUCUAAAGGUUUUGAAAAAGACACUCGAUGAAAAGUCCAUCCCCACGCAGCAGCAAAAAACUUUUUUUUAAUUAACUUUUGGAUCUGGAGAUCUGUAUCAGGAUGCUUGUGAAAGAAUGGAGAUGGAAUUAUUAUUAAAACAAUAAAGAAAAAUGCUGUAGUCUGUGCAUGUGCUGCCAAAGUAUAAUGCUGCAACCAGGAGCACAAUUUUCAUACACUAAAGUAUAUCAAGUAUUGCCAACGUAGUAACAGAAAGCGGUGAUGAAUCUCAAAUCAAUAUAUUGUAAUUAAAACUGUAUGAUUUAAGAUAUA